GGCUAGUGCUACAUAUAUACAUUAGUUGAGGGGUUGAGUAGUAGGAAUUGAAGUUAGCUACUAAUAAGUACUAACCAAACUACUCAUUCAGGUUUUCUUAUUAGCAAUUAUUGUAGCAACCCCUCACCUUGUUUAUAAAAUUUUCUCAAAGAGAGAUAAGAGCAUGGCUUCUUCUGUGUCCACCCACGAUAAUUUGGCUCUUAUUUUUGGCAUACUAGGUAACGUAAUUUCCUUCAUGGUGUUUUUGGCACCCCUGCCAACAUUUUACAGAAUAUUCAAAAAGAAAUCGACCGAAGAGUUCCAAUCACUGCCUUACCUUGUGGCAUUAUUCAGCUGUGUUUUAUGGCUAUACUAUGCCUCACUUAAAAAGGAUGUUAUUCUUCUCAUCACCAUUAACUCAUUUGGAUGCGGCAUAGAGAUUAUUUACAUUUUAAUGUACAUAAUCUAUGCAAACAAGGAUGCUAGGUGGUUGACCAUAAAACUAUUUAUGGCAAUGAAUGUGGGCUUGUUUGCAUUGAUAUUUUGUGUUACCAACUUUGCACUACACGGUUCCCUUCGUGUCAAAGUCCUUGGAUGGAUUUGUGUAUCUAUUUCAGUGUCUGUAUUUGCAGCACCCCUAAGCAUUAUGGCACAAGUUAUUCGUACGAAGAGUGUGGAGUUUAUGCCCUUCAAUCUCUCAUUGUUCCUCACACUUAGUGCUAUUAUGUGGUUUGGUUAUGGCGCAUUUAUUAAGGACAUAUGCAUUGCUAUACCAAAUGUGGUGGGUUUUGCUCUGGGAGUAGUACAGAUGGUGUUAUAUGGAAUUUACAGGAAUAAUAAUAAUGGUGGUAACAACAAGGGAUAUUCUAAGAAGGAGCAUAAAACAUUAGAUUUGGUCACAAACGUUGUUAUAGAAUUGAGCCCAAAGGGGACUAAUGAGAUUAUAGUUCCAAUUCCAUCACCAAUUACAAAGGAUCAUAGAGUGAUGAAAAAAAAUAACAAUAAUAAUCAUCAUGAUGAUGAGAAAAAUGUGCGUGACAUCGAAAGCAUAGUGUGAUGAUCGAUGAAAGUAUGUUCUGAGUGAUUAUUGUUUUCAGGGAGCAAGUGUCGAAGGCCAUGGGUUUAUUUAUAUAUAUGCUUGCUUAAUGCUUAUAUACUAAUUCCUAAGGCCAGUGAUGAUUUCUUAGGUGUUUAUCAUCCUUGCUUGUA